UUCACCUUGUCUCUUACCAUCGUGUGAUGGAAAAGAACGCGUCGCCUCCGUUGCCUAGGGGGCUACGGCGGGCUCCACGUUCAAUUGUAAUCGUUCUUCUUGUCGUCUUCCUCGUUCCAAUUGCUAUCACCCAGACAUUCCUAACUAGACCCCAGCUACCUGCCCAUGCUGCAGCGACACUUGCACGAUGCCAGUCCCUGCAACAGCCUGCAGGACCACCCACAAAUUUCUACGAUAGGACGGAGAACGACCGGUUUGUGCCCGGAACCAAGCCAACCCUCAUCAAGAACGCAAAGAUAUGGACGGGGUUGCACAACGGGACCCAGGUUCUGGAGGCGGAUAUUCUCAUUGACAAAGGCCUUAUUAUGGGCAUUGGAAGCUUUGGGUACACUCAGCUCGAGGCGUAUGGUCGUAGUCUCGAGGUAGUCGAUGCACACGGUGCUUGGGUCACUCCUGGCAUCGUGGACCUCCAUUCUCAUUUGGGUGAUUACCCAUCGCCAGAACUUGAGGGUGCUUCCGAUGGCAAUUCUCUCAAGGGAACCGCGCAGCCUUGGCUUCGAAGCUUGGAUGGUCUGAAUACCCACGACGAUGCAUACCCUCUUUCUAUUGCUGGCGGUGUUACGACAGCCCUGAUACUGCCUGGCUCAGCCAAUGCUAUCGGCGGUCAGGCAUUUGUGAUCAAGCUCCGUCAUACUGAAGAGAGAUCUCCGUCCUCAAUGCUUCUUGAACCGCCUUAUCAAAUCAAUAACUCUUUUCCUGACCCUCGCCUGCCACCAAGAUGGCGCCAUAUGAAACACGCCUGCGGUGAAAAUCCCAGUAGGGUUUACGGUGUGACCAGAAUGGAUACCACUUGGGCAUUUCGAGAAGCGUACAACACUGCUCUUCAGAUCAAACGCAAGCAGGACGCGUACUGCUCGAAGGCAAUGAGCGGGCAAUGGCAAAGCCUUGGGGAGUAUCCAGAGGAUUUGCAAUGGGAAGCUUUGGUCGAUGUCAUUAGAGGACGUGUCAAAGUCAAUAUCCAUUGCUACGAAGCCGUUGACCUGGACGACAUGGUCCGCCUUUCCAAUGAAUUCAAAUUCCCUAUUGCUGCGUUCCACCACGCUCACGAAACUUACCUUGUUCCAGAUCUACUGAAGAAAGCCUACGAUCAAACACCUGCUGUGGCUCUGUUUGCCACUAAUGGAAGGUAUAAGAAAGAGGCCUACAGGCAGUCAGAAUUUGCACCAAGAAUUCUCGCCAAUAACGGGUUGCAAGUUGUCAUGAAGAGUGACCAUUCUGUUUUGAACUCGCGAUUUUUGCUGUAUGAAGCCCAGCAGGCCCACUACUAUGGCUUGGCCGACAACUUGGCCAUAGCUUCCGUGAUAAGCACUCCCGCCGAAAUCAUGGGGAUGGGUCACCGAAUUGGGUAUGUCAGAAAAGGAUGGGACGCCGAUCUCGUUAUUUGGGACAGUCAUCCAUUAUCUUUGGGAGCAACCCCAUCCCAGGUCUUCAUAGAUGGCAUCCCUCAGCUCGAAUCGGCGUAUGUCGCUCACAAGCCCCAGUCCUUCCAGGAAAUCCCCAGGGUGCCCAAUUUUGAUGAUGAAACUAAAGACGCUCUCAAAUAUGAUGGACUACCGCCUCUGUCUCCAAGCAAAAGUGUGUCAGGCAUAAUGGCAUUCAUCAAUGUCAAAUCCGUUUUCUCUCGAUCUCCCGCCCAAACUAUCCAGCGCAUCUUCGACUUCCCCGAGAACGAUGGCGUGGUCCUUGUGCACAAAGGAAAGUUGAUAUGCUCUGGGUCGCAUGCAGAGUGUUUUGGCGACAGUAUUCUUGAUGGCGUAAAGCCAUAUCUAGUCGACCUCGAAGGGGGGUCGAUUUCUCCUGGUCUAGUGUCCUUUGGCUCGCCUCUAGGUUUGGAACAUAUCGACCAAGAACCAUCGACAAACGACGGUAGUGUUCCUGAUCCGUUGAUCAAGACAGUACCGAAAAUAAUUGGGGGAGAUACCGCCCUCAUUCGUGCCGUGGAUGGACUACAGUAUACCACCCGAGACGCACUUCUUGCCUACCGCUCAGGAGUGACAUCUGCCAUUGUGGCGCCCAGUGCCCGGAAGUUCUACUCUGGGCUAGGCACAUUCUUCUCCACUGGGGCCGAACACAAACUCGAGAACGGCGCUGUUCUACAGGAGGUCACGGGUUUGCACGUUGCUGUGAGGCAUUUUGGUGCUCCCAGUAUCAGCACGCAAAUAGCUGCUCUUCGUCGGCUCUUACUCGGGCCAUACGAAGGUGAAUCAGGGAAAUGGUUCGAGAAAGUGACGGAGGAAGCCAUCCCACUUGUUGUCGAGGCCCAUAGCGCGGAUGUGAUUGCUACGCUGAUUUUGCUGAAGAGGGAGGUCAAACGCGCAAAGGGAACGGACAUACAGUUGACAAUAUCGGGUGCAACUGAAGCUCAUCUGCUCGCGAAAGAACUCGGGGAAGCAGGUGUUGGUGUCGUGCUUACCCCAUCUCGUCCUUUCCCUUACACUUGGGAGGACCGUAGAAUAUUACCAGGCCCCCCUCUGACCGAGCAUAGUGCCAUUUCCUUGCUCUUGUCGCACAACGUCAUUGUGGGCAUUGGUAUUGAAGAAAUUUGGAGCGCUCGUAACACCCGGUUUGACGUCGCUUGGGCAUCUCUUGAAGCUGAUGGAAAAAUCUCCAAGGAGGAAGCCCUCGCAUUGUCUUCUAUAAAUCUUGAGAAACUGCUUGUGGGGAACGUUGGUAAAGCUGCUGAUCUCGUGGCGACGUGUGGGGGUGAUCUUCUGGAGCUGGAGUCGAAAGUUGUUGCUGUGAUCUCCCCUCUGCGAGGAUUUGUCGAUAUAUUUUGAAUAUUUUUAGACAUUUUACAUGCUAAUUUAUCUACCGAACUACCAGGACUUUUUUUACAGUGUU